AUGGCUCAAAGUUUAUACCCAGAGCUUGAUGAUUUGAAACAAGUGCUGGCGAUGAUCAAUGUUUAUAUCUCUGCAUCAAGAAAGAUCAACGGAGUAAGAGAAUCUGAUUGGUAUGGAGUUCUAGGUGUUGAUCCUCUGGCCGAUGAUAAAGCAGUGAAGAAACAAUACAAGAAGCUGGCUCUUUUGCUUCAUCCUGACAAGAACAGGUUUAAUGGCGCGGAAGGUGCGUUUAAGCUGGUUUUAGAAGCUUGGACUCUGUUAUCUGAUAAGGCUACGAGGGUUGCUUAUGAUCACAAGAGGAAGUCGAAAGAAGCAGACACCAAGCCACAACCUCCGCACAAACCAGCUUCCACACACAAGCCGCCACCUCCACACAAGCCACCACCUCCACACAAGCCAGCUUCUACACACAGGCCACCACCUCAACACAAGCCACCGCCUCCACACAAGCCACCACCUCCACACAAGCCACCACCUCCACACAGGCCAGCUUCUUAUAACUGGACUCAAAAUGCUAGAGGCGGUGUGGAUCCGGGUGCUAAUGCUGGAAGUAGCAAGCCUGCGCAUGUGAAUCCAACAAAACAGAGGACAUGUACAAUGUGCAAAACCCAACGCGUGAAAGCCAAUACUAUUUGUGUUAGAUGUGCGUUUGCUUGA